UAAUAGUAAUAGUGGUAGUAAAAGUGGUAGUAGUAGUAGUAGUAGUAGUAAUAAUAGUAAAAGUAAUAGUAGUAGUAGAACCAGCUCAUGGCACAGCUGGCAUCUCCUCAUUUUCUUGAACACUUUCUUGAAGGGUUUUUUUUUAUACUCUUUUUUUUGCACUGUGCUACCUUAAUUUAUUUAUGUUUAUCUGUGAAUAUUUCUCUUUUAUCAAUACUGUAACACUGCAAUUUCCCCUCAGGAUCAAUAAAAUCUGGAUCGAGUUAAAAUUUGUACUUCAGCCAGCCACUAGAGGGCUUCAGAGUCACUUUGGCUUCCAGUUUGAAGCCCUUCAGAGCUCCAGUAGGUGGCGCUGUGAGCGUCUAGAUGUCCCACAUUCCCAGAACUAGAAGAAGACGUGCUGCAGUGUUGCUGAUUGAUGAGCUGAGCUCUCCGACUCUACUAAUCAUCUUUCCAUUCAGAUAUUUCUCCCAGGGUUUUACCUCCACACUUCCAUCUGCUCAAGCUCAAGAUAUGAGUGGUGUCCUGUCUUCUCUUGUUGUCCUCUUUCCUACACAACUUAAAUUUACCACCAAGAACAUCAAGAGGUCCAACUAGGAUGAAGUCAGAAGAGAUUAAAUGUGAGAAUCUGGAACCUACAGAGAGCUCCAGUAAUCACCAAAGCUCGUCUGGUUCUUUCCACAUGAACACCUCUCACAGACAGAUGCAAAAAGAAAUUCACCAGUGCUCACAGUGUGGGAAGUGCUUCAGUCAGAAGUGUCAUCUUAACCAGCACCAGCGCAUUCACACGGGAGAGAAGCCGUAUCAGUGUUCUCAGUGUGGGAAGAGUUUUGCAGAGAGAGGUAAUCUUAUAAAACAUCAGCGCAUUCACACAGGAGAGAAGCCGUAUCGCUGCUCUCAGUGUGGAAAGUGUUUUACUGAGAGAGGUAAUCUCAUAAAGCACCAGCGCCUUCACACGGGAGAUAAACCCUAUCACUGCUCAGAGUGCGAGAAGAGUUUUAAUCGAGAGGACGCUCUCCAAGAACACAAACACGUUCACACAGGGGAGAAGCCGUAUUACUGUUCAGUGUGUGGGAAGAGCUUUACCAGGUACACUAGUGUCCAGCGACACCAGCACAUUCACACCGGAGAGAAGCCGUAUCACUGCUCCCAGUGUGAGAAGAGGUUCAGCGAGAGGCGUAAUCUCAUACAACACUUGCAGCUUCAUACAGGAGAGAAGCCGUAUUGCUGCUCACACUGUGGGAAGUGUUUUACACAAAAGUGUAACCUUCAGCAACAUCUGCGCAUUCAUACAGGAGAUAAACCUUAUCAGUGUUCACAGUGUGGGAAGAGUUUCACACAGAGAAGUCAUCUUCAGCAGCACCAGCGCGUUCACACAGGAGAUCAGCCGUAUCAGUGCUUAGAGUGUGGGAAGCGUUUUACACAAGCAGCUGACCUCCAAGUACACCAACGCGUCCACACUGGGGAGAAGCCGUAUCACUGCGCACAGUGUGGGAGUUUUACUGCGUACAGUAGUCUCCAGCAACACCAGCACAUGUGCACAGCUGCGAAUGAGGACAUGCUGCAGUGAUCAUGAGAACGGCUGGGAAUUACAGAGAUCUGUAUAUUCCUCACCGUUUACUAGACGAGGUGGUGGGGGUUCCAUCAGCAGAAGGAGCAUUCCAUGUUUUAAUAUUUUAUUAUUAAUGAGUGCCCAAUAUCAUCUAUAUAUCAAUAUAAUAUCAUAUACUAUAAUAUAAUAUAAUACAUUGUAUAUACAAAUACAUUGAUUUAUUUUUUUUUUUGCCAUUUUAAGACUGAACAGUUUUUGAAUAAUUGUACUAUUUACUGAGUAAAUAGGAAAAAUAAUCUGGGAUUUUACCCAAAUCUAUGAUAAACCUAAAUAAUUGUAUUUGUGAAUAAUUUCCCUGAUUAGUAAAGGACCUAAAAUCACUUCUUUAAAUCUAAGAGACAGUUGAAAUACUGUGUGCUUACAUUUCCACCCCGAGGGGAGCACAUGCCUUCGCUUUAUGUUUUUUUCACCACUGCCGGAUAUUUCAGUCCUCUCAGAUUGAGGUUGAUUAGGUAAUACACCUGUCUGGGGCUUUGGCUGUAAUUAAUAAUGUAGGAAUUUUUGAGGAAAUCCAGAGUCCAAACAGGCCAGAAGUUCUUUAACAAAUCAGGUCCAGCUACACAAGAACAGUUUGUGUGAUGUAUAGAUUAAAAAGUAAAACGCAUUGAAGGAAAAGUUCAGAAUAUUACUCUUCUCUCUCACCUGUUUCCUCAUCUCUGACUCUCCAGCGUUCUCAUCCAGCAGUAUAUUGGCCCCUUCUCCUGUACAUUCCUUUACCAUCUCUGCAGCACUGAAUGGCUGCAUUUUGUUUGACAGGAAGUGGUUAUGUUUUGUUUUGCACUUCACAUUAGCACUUUGGACCAAUGCGAUGGACCUAAACCUGAAGCGGGAAGGAGAAAUGCAUACGUCUCUGUCCAUUUGUCAUUAAACAUUCUGAUUGUCUUUGA